AUGAGGAUCUAUUACCUGGUCUUUGCAUUGCUGCUCUUGUUCUUGAUGCCUGUUCCAGGUAAUGGAGUAGUCAUCAAUGCACUCCAAAGGUAUUUUUGCAGGAUAAGAGGCGGUCGCUGUGCUGUGCUUAACUGCCUCCCGAGGGAGGAGCAUAUAGGCAGGUGCUCUGUCGCUGGCCGGAAAUGCUGCCGAAGAAAGAAAUGA